AUGCAUAUUACUCCCGCUGUUGCAGCCCUUUGCAUCAGUGCCUUGCUGAAAGCUGCCCAUGCGACUGCAUCCGAGACUUGCUUCUCAGCUCUGGCUGCCACGAUUCUGAAGAGCCAGGUCGUUUAUCCCGACAGCGCGGCUUACAAGACCUCGGUCGGCUCUUACUGGGCCGAGAACGUUCAGCUCGAGCCGACCUGUAUAUUGCAGCCACGCACGGCCGAUGAGGUUUCCCUCACCGUUUCCAUGCUCGUUGCCGCUGAUGGUGGUUGCAAAUUUGCUGUUCGCGGUGGUGGCCACACCACCUGGGCCGGAGCGAACAAUAUCGUUGAUGGCGUGACGAUUGAUAUGUCAUUGAUGAACACUACCACUUACAACAAGGAAGCCGGCACUGCGUCCAUUAUUCCUGGAUCUCGCUGGGGAGAUGUCUACGAGACUCUGGCGAAGUACAAUGUGACAGUGCCUGGUGGCCGCUCUGGUGUUGUUGGAGUUGCUGGAUUUUUGCUCGGCGGCGGCAAUAGUUUCCACACUGCGCGUGUUGGAUUUGGUUGCGACAACGUCGUGAACUACGAGGUUGUUUUGGCUAAUGGAAAGAUCAUUGAGGUCAACAAAGAUUUCCACGCGGAUCUCUUCAAAGCGCUGAAGGGUGGAUCCGGCAACUUCGGAAUUGUGACCAAGUAUGAUAUGAAGAUCAUUGAAGACGACAAGCUUUGGGGUGGGAUCGUCACAUAUGACAAUAGCACUACCCUGCAGCACCUUGAGGCUGGCCAUAGGUUCAUCAACAACCUUGAAAAAGACCCAUACGCUUCUUGGAUAGGUAUGUGGGGGUAUAUUUCUGUAACCGACCAAAAUUUUGUUGCUAAUGCUCUGCAAUAUACCACUCCGGUGGCAUAUCCCGCGGCUUUCGACGAAUUCACCACUAUUGCAAAUACUAGCAGCUCGAUGCGUAUUUCCAACGUUUGGAAUCUGACCCAGGAGCUGGAUAAACCUCUGACCUAUUCCGGCGACGUUUUCGUCACUGCCUCAUUUGUGAACAACCUCGAUGUGAUGAAGCGGACUAUCGAUAUUCACAACAAAAUGAUUGAGGAGGCCAAGGCAGAUACCAAGGGGGAUGACUACACUAUGUCUACCAUGAUCCAGCCUUGGUCCAAACUGUUCACUGAUCACAGCACUGAGCAAGAGGUCCUCUUUGACUAUUCGUGGAAGGAUGAGGCCGAUGAUGCCCUGUUUAACCGACUCGCCAACAGUGCUCUCGAGGAGAUAACCAUGUACUCAAAAUCAAUCGGAGCCGACAAUGAAUUCAUUUACCUGAACUACGCCAACAGCAACCAAAAUCCUCUAUCCACCUACGGCUCCGAGAAUGUUGAGUUUAUUCGUGCCGUUGCUAGGAAGUACGACCAAACCGGAAUUUUCCAAACCCAAGUGCCCGGUGGGUUCAAGAUCAGCGCUGUGGCCAAGUGA